UAUCAUUAAGUAUUAAUAGCCGGAGGGUUUAAGUUUACUAUCAUACUACAAUUGUAUAAAAAAAACAUUGCUUCUUAGGUGUUGAUGUUUUGAAAGUGCUACGUACAAAAGUAUCCAAUUCUGAACUAACGGCAUCCCAAGCAAAUUCAAUUCAACUCACCAUCUUGAUCUUGAAAUGAGGAAAAAAAGGAACUUCCCCAAAAACUUUUAUAUAAUAAUUUAUAAAAUAAAAAAAAAACCCUCUAAAUCAAUUAAUUAAGAUAUAUAAUUUCAAUUCAGACAUAAAUGUACUCCUAUCCAACCCUUUCUAUUUAAACUCUCUUUCAUGUUAUAUAAUUUCAUUCAUUCCAAACAUACCACUAAAAGCUAGCUUGAUCACUCACACUAACUACCUCCUCCACCGACUCUCUCUCCCUUUCUCUCUCUUCUUUCUCUCUCUUCAAAAACAUUUUGAGAAGAAAUAUUUCAAGAAUUAUAAUAUAUGCUUCUUAUAUAAUUAUUAGAAGCAUAUAUUAUAAUUAGCAUACAAACAUACAUACAUAAUUAUCAUGUAUAACAUGAACAACAACAAUAUUAUUGAGGUUCAAAGGCAAGAAUCCUUAAAAAGAAGAUGGCAUGAUAGUUUCUACACUAGACUUCUUAGUGCACCUACCGCCCCUACUAACCCUACUACAUCUGUGGCGUCGUCCUCAACGACGUCACAACAAUCAUUAUAUAUAAGUAAACCACCCCAUCAUCACCAUCGCUUCCUCCAACCAGGGAGGUUAGAUGGUGGUGGUGGAGAUCUAGUCCUAAACGUUGUGCCCUCGAUCACAGUUGUGCUCGAGGGCAGAUCGAUCUGUCACCGGAUUAACCUACAAAACCAUGGUAACUACCAAAGUUUAGCCAAGGCUCUUAGACAAAUGUUUGUGGAAAUUGCAAAUAUUCAACAAAAUGAUGAUGAAAAUAAUAAUAAUAAUAUUUGUGGUGAUAAUGGACAACAACAACAACAACAACUUGAUUUGUCUAAUGCUGUUCCUGGUUAUGUUAUUGCUUAUGAAGAUAUGGAGAAUGAUCUUCUUCUUGCUGGUGAUCUUCAGUGGAAGGAUUUUGUACGAGUGGCAAAAAGAAUUAGGAUACUGCCGGUGAAGUCAAGUUCAAGGAAGCAGAAGAGCACAAAACACUAGUCAAUUUAUUUUCCUGUUUUUGUGGGGAAUAACGUACCAAUUCUUUAGUUCAGUAACCCCUCUUCCCCCAAAUUAGAAAAAAAGUAAAAAUCAAACUUGUAAUGCUAGCUUGAUUUCUAAAAUUUAUCAAGAUGAUUUUAUAAUA